AUGUCGCAAUUGGCCGGCCCACAGAAAGGCACAUAUUCUAUCAUGCCAUCCCAGAUGAUGACUAACAAGCCUGUGAACGCCAAUGACGAGGAUCUCAUUGAUGGAAUGAUUGUUGGCAAGCCACUUUCUCAACCAACAUCAAUGUCAUACUGUCUACAACGAAUUCGACUAGGCGAGUUCUGCCGAGAAAUGACGGACAGUGAGAUCUUUUCAAUGUCUGACCUAGCCCCAAACUUUGAACAUACGAAGCAAAUUGACGUAAAAGUCUGUGAAUUUGCUGCAAGCCUUCCGUCUUUCUUCUCAUUGGACUUGGAUUUAGAAGAAUUGAAGAAAGUCAAUCCAGAUAGAUCUACUGGGGUUAUUAUGCAACGGUACAUCAUCAACUUCAUGCUUCACACCCACAGAUGCAGACUUCACUUGCCAUGUCUCUCCCGUGCCAUUAAGGACCCUACAUAUGAGUACUCUCGGAAUGCUUGUAUGGAGGCGGCUAGGCUGGUAUUACGAACGGAACGGCAACUUUCCUCGGAGAUGAUUCCAUUCGUACAAGCACGUUUGAAGUUCUCCGGUAUUCUGCACUGCCUUUGCGUGGCUAUCAUUGCGCUUCUUCUCGAAUACUGUGGAAGAAGUCCGCAUCAGAAAAAGGAAGGUGAUGAUGCUGAGAUAUUCCAGGCAUUUGCAGUACUGGAGGGAGUGAAGGACAAAUCUCCCUUUGCAGGGAAACUUCUGGAAUCUUUCAAGACAGUUCUGAAUCGCCACAGAACUUCUACUUCAGAAAAUCAAUCAAUGGAAAUUUCAGACCCCGCUAACUUAAGACUUACAAGCUCAAGUACGACAUUCUUGCCAAGCGUGAACUCUGACGAUUUGUCGAUCGACGCUACAUUACCAGCUCUGGACGACCUCUGGCGAGCAUUUGAUGAGAAUUCAGGCCCGGUUACAGUUGAUUGGGAUGCCUUGUUUGCCGGCUUGGAUAAUUCUUUCUCGUCGAUGUACUAG